CACAACAGAAGAAGAAGACGUGACGUCAGCACGUUCUGCGUCAGUUGUUUGUGUUCUUCCUGAAGGAACUAGCUGGUGAUCCGAAAAAGAUGGAUUAAAUCACCAAAAAUAACAAAAUUUAAACAAAUGACAACACCUUUUGUAGAUUUAAGAUAUAAACUCGUUUCAUGUCUCAUCUAAAGCGUUAAAUCCGGUUGUGUUUACAAGCUGUCAGAGCCGUUGGUGUUGAGCAACGACAGGAACAAUGAUGGCGUCCAGCUACACCGCUAAAGAGGAGGACGGACACAUCACGGUGUCUGGCCCCGGGGCUCUGCGGAGCAGGAAGCCGGAGAACACGGCCUUUAAGCAGCAGAGACUGCCGGCCUGGCAGCCCAUCCUCACCGCGGGGACCGUGCUGCCAGCCUUCUUCAUCAUCGGACUGCUCUUCAUCCCCAUCGGCAUCGGACUCUUCGUCACCUCCAACAACAUCAAGGAGUUCGAGAUUGAUUACACAGGAGUGGACAUGUCCAGUCCCUGCUUCAACUGCUCCCAGAACUUCAGCUGGAACAGCACCAGGCCUUGCACCUGCACCAUCCCCUUCUACCUGGAGCAGCCUUAUGAGAGCAACGUCUAUGUGUAUUACGGCCUCUCCAACUUCUACCAGAAUCACCGUCGCUACGUCAAGUCCAGAGAUGACAGCCAGCUGAACGGAGACCCCAAAUCCCUCGUGGAACCCAGUAAGGAGUGUGAGCCGUACGCUUACCAUGAGAACAAACCCAUCGCGCCGUGUGGAGCUAUCGCCAACAGCAUGUUCAACGACACUUUGGAGCUGUUCUACAACGACCCCAACGGCACAAGGCUCCAGAUUCCUCUGAACACCACCGGCAUCGCCUGGUGGACCGAUAAGCACGUGAAGUUUGGAAACCCCGGAGGAAACAGCCCCAAUCUUACUGCCGCUUUCCAAGGAACAACGAAGCCGAUAAACUGGCGGCGCCCGGUGUAUGAUCUGGACGUUGACGAGGGCAACAACGGCUUCAUCAACGAGGACUUCAUCGUGUGGAUGAGGACGGCGGCGCUGCCGACCUUCAGGAAGCUCUACCGCAUCAUCAACAAGAAGAGCGGCAUGGUGCCCACCCUGCCCCGGGGGAACUACUCGCUGGAGGUCGUCUACAAUUACCCCGUGCGCAGCUUCGAGGGCAGGAAGCGGAUGAUCCUGAGCACCAUCUCCUGGAUGGGGGGGAAGAACCCGUUCCUAGGCAUCGCGUACAUCACCGUGGGCUCCGUCUGCUUCUUCCUGGGCGUCGUGCUGCUCGUCAUCCACCACAAGUGUGGCAACAGGAACAACAGCGCCGACAUUUCCAACUGAGGCAGCGGCCGCCUCCAGCUCUGGGUAAACCUCCUCCAGAGACCAAGUGCAGUUACGGAGAGCUGGAGUGUAGUCCUGUUGCAUGCUGGGAAACUGAGUUCUACAUGUGAUCACUGAGCUGCUUGAACGGCUCGUCUUUGUGCCUCGUACCGUCUGUGAAGCCUCCUGUGAUCUGAAAUCCUGCUUUUUAAACGUGCGUCAGAGGGAACACUAACAUGUUUAUUUUUGUGUAUUUAUUUAUCAGAGAUGUUUGCAUUGUGAAGCCUGUUAUUUGCACGCCACACCUCAGGGGGGGGUUGAGUCUAAAACUGGGGGUAAAGGUCUCUGUUUUGAUGAUCUGUACAUAGCAGAUGUGUAGACCUACUGCAGAGAAAUGCACAUUAACGUGUCGUGGCUUUAUUCAUCGUCCAUGCAAUAAUGACACAGAAGCAGCAUGAUAGAGCCGUGACGCAGUGCUAAAUGUUUACCUGUUGUACUCCGCAUUCACAAUACUGACAGUGACCCUAAUGCACACAUGUACCUUUACACCCGAAUCCUGCCAUGUUCAGCUCCUCCUCAGCAGCUGAGGUUAAUCCAAUCUACGCCGCAUGUUGAAAUGUGCCGAGUUAAAAUGUGUUUUUAUGUUCUUUUUAAUGCAUUUCUUCGAGACAAAUUUGGUUUACAUUUCUUUUGAUACUCCAUCCGUGUUGUGUUGUUGCUUUAAAACAAUAAAAAGGUCAAUUGAAUUGA